ACACCGUAUCAGCGCCGGGGAAGACUCAUACCCAUUUAUUACAAAAAUACAACAAUAUCAUUCUAUAAUAUAAAUAUAUAAAUAAUUCAAAGAAAAAUCUCAGAUGCUAAUACCUAUCAAAUCUCAAAUCCGGGUCAGGUCGUUCAAGGUGGGAGUAAUCCAUGUGUAUGAAUGUGUAACUUGUAACUGGAAGAUGGCUAGGCUGCGGUAUAAGUAUCAUAUGAGUCAUUGCACAGGUGGUUUGAGGCUAAUUGAGUAAUUGAUGCUGCCGUGAAUCAUAUGCGUCUGAUGGGCUUUCCUCACGAUUGCAUCGUCCAUUUGUACAACCCUAGAGCUCGUUCCAGCUCUGCUAUCCGUCUCUGUUUUUUUUUUUCUCAGGAAAACGCGAGAAAAUUGCGUUGCUCAUUCCUUGUACUGAUAGCAGCAACGUUCAGUGCUAGUGUCUGAGAAUGCCGCCCAGAAGUAGGGCUAAUAAGGUGGGUCUCAAGCGAAUGGACGCAGCCGUUGAAAAUAUGCGUCUUUUAGGGUUUUCAGAUGAGUUGGUUCGCAGUACCAUUAAGCGACUGUUGGAGUCAAAUGGUUGUAACGUCGCGUUUGGCUGCUACUUGCCGCAAAAUGAAAGGAAACGAGAAGGGAAGAGAAACGGAACUUUGGAUGCUGUGCUUUUUAUUGUUUUGUUCUCCACAAAAAUAGUAUUCAACCCGCCUCACCCAAAUGGUCUUUUUAGUUCUCAGACUCAGACUCAUUCCUGGAAGGUUUAUGAUGGAGAUGCUGGGUGGCUUUUCAUUGAAGAGGGUUCUUACAAGCUCCUAAUUGACACCAUUCUUGAUGAACAAGAGAAUGGUUUGUUGAAGGGUGAUUCAUUAGAAGGCAAUGCAAGAGAUGAUAAUGACACGUCAUCUGCUGCUAUGCCCUCGACUGGAGUUGAAGACGCAACAUCACAGACCAAUGAAAUAGGAAGUGAAGACUGUAAUCCACCAGCUGCAGAAGAAAGAACCAAUGAGAGAGACAUCAGUUUGGACCAAAACCCUCUUCACACACCUCCACACUUGAUCAGCUCCUCAGCACCAAUAGAUAGUCUUCUAAUGCAAAGGCGCAGACGUUUCUGUGGGUGGAUCAGUGAUAAUGAGCCUAAUGACAUUUGUACCAAGCAACUCAUACCAGCUACAAUGUUGCAAUUGGAAAAGCUGAUACGUGGUACGGAUACAAAUAGCAAAAGCAGGUGGGAUGAGAAGCCAGAAUGAAGACCCUUUUGGUUGUUCAGUAUCUUUUUUAUGUUUUCUUUUUCAGUAGAAGAUGACUAUUAUAUUUUUUUGUAGCUUUUUUAGAUGAAUGUUAGUAUGGUUCCAAUGGAGAAAGGUGAAAAAAAUAUUGACAAUAGGAGGAAGGAAAAUAAUUUUUUUUAUUUUAUUUUUA